ACGGCUCAGUCUGUCGUCGCCCAGCAGGGAGGAAGCAUGAACUUCACAGCCCUUUGCGCUGCUGUUGGAGGAUUUGAAACACAUAAAAGGGAAGCUGGUGAAAAGGCAAAAGAAGAACACUUGGAGAGUGUAAGAGCCCAGCAGAACCUAAGAUGUGCUGUUGUGAGAAUCUUCCCAAACAGAUCUCAGUUCUUUCCGUAUGAAUCAGUUACGCUGAGCUGUGUGGACAGUGAAAACUCUCCCGACUGGACGGUGAAGAGAAACACGGCCGGCAACGAAACGGCAGACUGGGGAAAGAGAAAUGGGUCGCAGCAUGUAAUAGAUGCCGUUUACCUGUUUGACAGCGGACGGUACUGGUGUGAGUUGAGAACCGGAGCAUGCAGCGAGGUCAUUAAUGUCACUGUGACAGAUGGCCCUGUGAUCCUGCAGAGUCCCGUCCUUCCUGUAGCCGAGGGGGACGCAGUGAUUCUGCGCUGCAUCCACAGCGACGCCUCUUCCUCCUCCAACUUCACCAAGUUUUACAAAAACGGCCUCCUGAUCGGAAGCAGCUCGACUGGGAGCAUUGCAGUCCGAGAUGUUUCCGAGUCUGAUGAGGGUCUCUACAAAUGCAGCAUCACUGGAGCAGGGGAAUCCCCAGAGAGCUGGCUGUCAGUCAGAGGAUGCGAGCUAGACUCCUUUCACUUUCAUCCCAUAUACGUGUUACUUCCUGUGGUUGCCACCUGCCUCUUGUUUGUCUGUGGGAUGCUGCUGUGCCUCAGGAGGAAGAUCAGAGCUAAAGUGGAUGCUGACGUGUCCUACACUGACGUCACCUUCCCACACAGAGAGCUGCCGAAGACAAACGCAGAGACGACUUCAGAGCUACUGCUGUACUCAACAAUCAAUCCAGGAAGCUGCUGAAGGGAAACCACCUGAUAUGAUCACAGUCAUAUUCUUUGUUGGGUCUUUAUGUAUUUUAUGUAGUAAGUAAGUAAGUGUGUGGAUGGAGGGCUAAUGUAAAAACGAGUCUUUUUGUGUGAAAGUCCUUCACAUAUUCAAAAUUAUGUGAAAUGUUUCUUAUUUCCGUUUGUUUUAAAAUCAGAACAAAACAAGAAAU